AUGGAUCUCCUCUUCCCAUCCCAAGACACUCUUCACGAUGUCUUCCACCCUGCCAUUCCCUUCGGACGCCGACCAGUAGCUUUGGCUGAGAAGCAAGCUGUAUCCUUCCCUCCCAAGCGGACCCCUCUUCAAGCACGGUCUGAACUCUAUACAGCAUGGAGUGUAGUGGAUGAUGCAAAGAACAAGACCAAUGCUUUGAGCGCGGAAGCCGCGAAAGAAUUCGAGAAAGCCAGCGCCAAAGCACAAGCCAAGACUGGUCAUAUCGAGCUUUAUUCUGCUCAAUAUUAUGCUGCUUGUACUUUUGGCGGUCUACUUGCUUGUGGACUUACUCAUACCGCUGUCACUCCUCUCGAUUUGGUGAAAUGUAGACGUCAAGUCGAUUCGAAAAUGUACACCGGGAACUUCCAGGCUUGGGGUAAAAUUGCUCGUGCUGAAGGAUUCCGAGGCAUCUACACCGGCUGGGGACCGACUUUCUUUGGAUAUUCCGCUCAAGGAGCGUUCAAAUACGGUGGAUACGAAUAUUUCAAGAAAUUCUAUUCUGACCUUGCGGGACCUGACAAUGCGUAUAAAUAUAAGACAGCCCUGUAUCUGGCCGCAAGUGCUUCUGCCGAAUUCAUCGCCGAUGUUGCGCUCUGUCCCUUCGAGGCCGUCAAGGUGAGAAUGCAGACUACCAUUCCACCAUUUGCUUCCGGGACUUUCAAUGGGAUCAGUCAGAUUACCAGUAAGGAAGGCUUUGGUGGACUCUACAAGGGAUUGUACCCUCUUUGGGGUCGCCAAAUCCCAUACACCAUGAUGAAAUUCGCUUCCUUUGAGACCAUUGUAGAGAUGAUCUAUGAACGCUUGCCAGGUCAGAAGUCAGAUUAUGGCAAGGGCGCCCAGACUGCUGUCUCAUUCACUGGUGGUUAUCUUGCUGGUAUUCUAUGUGCUAUUGUCAGCCAUCCUGCCGAUGUUAUGGUGUCCAAACUUAAUGCCAAUCGCCAACCAGGCGAAGCUUUUGGUGCUGCCAUGGGUCGAAUUUAUAAGGAUAUCGGAUUUUCUGGUCUUUGGAAUGGACUCCCCGUCAGAAUUGUAAUGAUUGGAACACUCACAGGUCUACAAUGGAUGAUCUACGAUUAUUUCAAGAUCUUCAUGGGUUUCCCCACCACAGGUGGAGCAGCCCCGCCCCCACAGAAGAGCUAG